AUGCGUUGCUUUCUGGAGGCCAUGUCCAGGGCAGCAGCCAGUCACAUCGUGAGCGGAGGCGAUCCCGAAGCGGUGCCCUCGUCUGAGGAGCAAGAUCUGUUCUUCGCGCAGCAAGUCGGCGCUCAUAUUGUGCCGCUAGCUCGCCAGCGACAGCAGCACUUCGAGAGACGCACUGCCGCCGUUCUGGCCGCUACCAUCCUGGGCAUCGCGGGGGCCAUCGUUGCGCUGAGCGGUCGUGAGAAAGGGGGUGUCGUGUUCCCAGGCCCCGUCAGCGAAGAAGCUUCCAGCCUCGGAGUUGCGGUGUGCAUAUCUGGCCAAAUGGCCCGCCUGGAGAUCGACAGCAAAAUUCAGAAUAUCGCAGAACCCAUCGCCAAUUUCGUCAACGUUGACUUUUUCUUGUCUCUUGGGGUUGGUGGUGCAGUUUACAAUAACCAGGAGACGGACACCACGGGCGAGGAGGGAUGCAGCAGCACCGCCUCUUCAGUGGAGGCAGUGAAAGAGGCAUUCGCGCCUGACUUCAGGGGCGGCAGGUUGGAACCCCACAAGAGCGAGAACGUCGCGCUGGAUAGGUGGCCAAUGUUGUACAAGUGCAAGCACCCGAGUAAUACUUACUCUGACCGUUCAGCCAGGGCUAAACACAUUGCCAACGUGAUGAGCCAGAUGAGACACCAACAGGAAUGUGCCGAUCUCAUUCAAGAGCACGAGGAGUCCACAGGUGGCCGAUACGAUCUCGUGUUGAAGGUGCGAGACAACACUCUUGCGUUGCGACCGGUGGUGCCAGAGAAGCUUCUGAAUGUCACGGAGGUCACUUUCAAGCAUUGCGCGUCUUGGGGGGGUCUUCAGGACAAGGUCAUGCUACUUCCGCGCAGCUACCUUGAGAAGACGCUGGGUGACAUCUAUCGUUCCAUGCUCGCGGUUACGAACGACCCAGUGUUGGAUCCGAGGCUGAAGAAGAUGUCAAUGGAGUCAAUCAAUACCGAGCAGGUCCUGAAACAUGUGAUCGUCGCCAACGGCGUUCCUUAUCGCCAGAUGAAGUUUGACGAAGAGACCAACGAAUCGCAUGGCUCUGAUUAUUUGCCUUUUGUGGACGGCAGGUGCCAUUCAGGGGGCACGUCUGGCAGUGAAGACCGGUGGUGUGUCGUUUCGCGUUGCAAGGAUUGCUACCCACGGGCGCCCUGGGCAUUCAACGCGUCCUGCUCGGUCGACAUGCACACCGGACAGAUAUCGAAACCGAUCAACUUCACUGUGAAGUGUCGAUAG